AGACAAUGGUAUAUAUACAAAGAGAUGACUGGCUUUCGGCCAGCAUUAGAAAACUUUAACAAAUCAACAUCGUUCCCAACAUCAAUACCAGAGCUUCUCUUAGUUAAGUGAUAUCAAUAUACUGCCUAGCCAGGUAGACAAGACUUAUCAUGGUGACUACAAACAACAAUACGAAAAGCAAUAAUUAUGGCUGGCGAAAAUGUUGGGGUGUCAAAAUCAACUGGACACCAAAGCAUCUCACAGCAGACGAUUUAAACCCCUUGAUACAUACAUACGACACUGUUUCUACAGAGGCCAUCGAGAGGUUAAACGAGAUCUGGUCCUUGUCUUGCAAAACAAAGCCUUCUGAGAACGAAGAUAGUACACCAAGAAAAAAGAAAGCCAGACGGGAUCUCUAUGAACUCCUUCAAGAGCACGCUUUUACCGAUGAAAAAAUUGGCAGACUAUGGGAUGAGAUCAAUACCGUUCCAGAUUGGGUCGACUGGAAGCAGAUAGAAAGGGGACAGAAGGUGUUUUACCGCUACGGAGGGCCAGCCAUAACGACCUUAACAUUCCUAUCUCUGCUAGGCGGAAUGGCGAGCGGGCGAACCGUCGAGACUCUCGACCGCACUGGAGGGUUCGGUGUAGACGUUGUCAGACGGCGCCUGCUAGAAACCACACAGCAUACUCUACAUGUAACCCACAACAUAGAAUCUAUAAAACCGGGCGGUGAUGGUUUUGCAGAUUCGGUUAGAGUCCGACUGCUCCACGCGGCGGUACGCCGGCGUAUUAUGCAGAUGGCUCAGAAGGAGCCUAGGUACUACGACAUGAAGACAUAUGGCGUACCGAUUAACGAUCUCGACUGCAUCGGCACUAUCAAUACCUUUUCCGCAACCCUGAUAUGGAUGGGCCUUCCACGACAAGGCAUAUGGCUGCGGAAACAGGAAAUUGCCGAUUACCUCGCGCUCUGGCGAUACGUGGCUUAUCUCAUGGGCACGCCUCACGACUGGAUGUCUACGCCAGAGUCGGCGCGGCGCAUGAUGGAGUCGCUGUUGGUGGCAGAGAUCAAGCCCAGCAAGGCGUCUGCAAACCUCGCCAACAACAUCAUCUCCGGGCUUCAGGACCAACCGCCGACGUAUGCCCCGAGGGAAUUCCUGUGUGCCCAGACGUACUGGCUCAACGGACGGGAGCUGUCAAAGGAGUUAGGGGUUGAGGAACCGAGUCUGUACUACACCGCCCUCGUGGUUGGGCAGUGCAUUCUCUUUGCAACGCUUAGUUAUGUCAACCGAAGUAUUAGCUAUCUAGACGAACGGAACAUUAAGCUAGUCCGUAUGGCUCUGUACCAAGUACUACUACAGAACAAGACCAAAGGUGCGCUGGGCUACACGACUAAGUUUAACUUCAAGUACAUGCCCUCAUUCAACCGGACGACAACGGUGCGUGGUCCGGCGCCGGCGCAAGAGGGAAGGCUGAGGGUUCCGGGAAGAGUCGAACGAGCGGCGCUGAUCUCGCUACUUAUUUCCGCUGCCGUCGUCUAUAUUGUUUCUUCGUGGUGUUAUGCUAAAGUUGUGAGAUGGGUGGAUACUUAUUAGAUGAGAGGCACUUCGCUAACUGGUAAGGUAAGCUGCGUAUAGAUACGGGAUAACAAGCACCCCUAUUCCUCUAAAUAUCCUUCUGGCGUGGCGUCGCCCUUUAGGCAUUUUGUGUGUUGUCGGGUCAACCUUGCGGUCAUCGGCUUUGGUUCGGGAUUUCACCGACUUGAAGGAUUCAGUGCGAAAUGAGAAAUACUUGUUGCAAAUUAUAUUCGAAUCCUACGGGUAGAAGCGUAAGAGCUCGUGAGGUUGCAUAGUCUGUUUACGAAAGUAA